CGCGGCGACUACUACAAUGCGCUUCUCGCGCACCCAAUCUCCUGCGACCAUGCCGCGCCAUCUCCACCAACUCCGCCAUCCAUCGCGGCAUUCGCGAGACACUCGGGACGGAACGUCGCAGCAGAAAAAACCUUUUUGGGCCCCGACCACGGUAUAGCGAUGACGAAUUCUCUGCUCAGUUUGCCGAACCUGCCGCCAACGAGGCCGCCAUGACGGAAAAGGGACAUGAAGAAAGUGACACACAGUACGGCGACGAGGGUCCUGAGAUUUCCCGUAUUCCAUAUACCACGGCCGCAUCGCAAUUCAUAUAUGGAAUGUCCUCCGUCCGUGCUGCCCUCAAGGCGGGCCGGAGGCGAUUCUACAAACUCUACAUACACGAUAGAGCUUUGAAUCGAUCUAUCCAGGAAACUAACGAUAAAACGCACAACACAACCUCCACCCUUCUGGCCCUGGCAAGAGAUAAGCAUCUCUCCCCAAUAUAUGUGGACAAUUCAUGGCUUAAGACGCUGGACAUGAUGAGCGAAGGAAGGCCCCAUAAUGGUUGCGUUUUGGAAGCCUCACCCCUCCCAGUAUAUCCUAGCGAAUUUUUGCGGGGAGUCAGCCGCAGCUUUCCCUACUUCCAGGUAGACUUUACCAAGCAAAGCGCAGAGGAUAAGAUGAUCAACGGCAAUGAUCCUAGGAUCAAAUACAAUAGCCACGGUUGGCGAUUUCCCUUAGUAUUGUACCUGGACGGUAUCAAGGACGAAGGGAACCUCGGUGCUAUCUUCCGGAGCGCCUAUUAUCUCGGCGUCGAUGCCAUUGCCGUAUCUAAACGCGCAACUGCACCUCUAAGUGCCAUUGCUACCAAGGCAUCUUCGGGCGCCGUUGAAGCAAUCCCCGUCAUUACUGUCAACAACCCUAUAAAUUUCAUAUCCCACAGUAUACUCCAAGGUUGGCGAGUAUACGCUGCGGAUGUGCCGCCGCCGCCCAAGGACAAUUUCAAUGUCACAUCGGAGCACCACUGGCGUGCGCUCGAUCCAGACAACACAUCUCCCUUAAUUACUUGCGUACGGCCAAACAGCGGUGCGGUGCUGGGAGGACACUCACCUCUUGCCAUUCAACCUACCAUUCUCAUGUUUGGCUCUGAAGGCUCCGGCUUCGCUCCAACUUUGCGCGCCAGGGCAAACUACAUUGUCGGGAUUCGAGGCGUCAGGGGAGAUGACAUUCUUGGCGUCGACAGCUUGAAUGUCAGCGUCGCCGCGGCGCUUAUCAGUAUGGAGUUUUUGAAGAAACCAAAUAAGGCGCUUGCUACAAAGGGUAUUCGAGCGUCUCGAACCCCCCCACAACCGCCUCAUAUGGGUGGGAAAGACAAUCUUUUGUUCUAGACUUCACUGAGUCAUGGCGUACAGGUGCAUUAUAGAUCUGAUUAUCUGCAUGCUUUUUGGCAAUGCACUAGUGUGGAGAAUUUGCUUCUGCGAUGGGUCGGGCGCUCAGCUGGCCUGUAAGGCUGUUUGUAAGAAUAUGUUUUGAGCAUUGUUUCUUCCUGUACAGCAUGUGCAUCCUGGACACUGGGGAAUGGUUGAAUGUUUAACUCACCAUAAGAGCUCAUGUAAAUCCCUGUUGAGAAAUGUGAAAAGCAUCAGCCGAG